AUUCUAGUGAAUUGAAAGAACUCAGUGCACACGGAUCAUCAUCCCUGCUGGAAAAAUGAAAUUUAACUUAGUAUUGAUAUUUGGUCUAGUCACAUUGGUAGCCUUCUGCUCAGCCCGACCAGCAGACGAGGAAUACGCCGAAUACGAGGAUGAACCCGAGGCUGCGGCGCCGCCGCCAAAGAAAGCAGCUGCUGCGAGACCGAUCAUCGGAAGGCGCAAUCCUUUAGCAGGGAGGAGCAACAACAAAGCCGCCGCCACCACCUCAACGACAGCUGCACCAAAGGAAGAAGAGGUAGUAGAAGAAGCCGACUAUGAGGAGGAACAACCACAAGAAACGAGUUCAACCACAGAAGCCCCCAAAAAAUUCAUUAAAAGUGGAAUCGUAAGGCCUUUCAGAAGUAAUGAUGAUCUUUUGGCCACUUUGAAAAGGAGAAGGGAACAAGUAGUGAGCAACAAGUCCAAGCCAGUCCAAAACGCCGAAGCUGAAGAAUCAUCUAACGUCGAGAGGGAAGUAUCGAAACCUCGCGCAACGUCUUCACCAUCGGCAGGAGGCAGAAGAAACAGAUUCAACGCCAAGGAGAAGACUGGCGAAGCCGAAGCCACAGAAGAAGGCGCCAGUGCCGCACCUAGAACGGGUAGAAGGUUCCACGGUAGAAGUUAACCAAUUAGAUAGGAGUGCAUAGAUUUACCACUGUAAAAAUAAUAAAUUGCAUAGGAAUCACCUGUAAAAUAGCCCUGAUUGCUGGAUCUCUGGGACCUGGCAUAUCACAGCGUGGUUUUGUAUUCAAUGCACGGGUGUAUUGAGGGUUGCUAGUCUAUAGGAUGCAAUUAUGCCGACUAUAUCGUCUGUGGUACUUAGAUCUGUAUAAUGCGGGUGGUAACACAAAGCUCACCCAUGCAUUGAACUAACAAUUCAUUUAAUUUAAACAUAUUUUUUUACGCUUACGCUUAAAAUUUAAUCAAAACUUUGCAUUGACAGUUUUAUUUACUUUUGAAUGUAUACAAAAACACCCAUAUUGUAAUUAGUACCGUAUACAUAAAUUGUGGUUUGCACUUAUUUUUUGUUUUUCUAUGAACUAUUUCAGGCAUAUAACUCUAUAGUUCAUUAUACUAAACCUAAUUGCACUUGGUUCUUUCAAUGCCACGUCCAUGUUUGCGCAAACAGUGGACAAUAAUUUGUUUAGAAAUGGACUGUAGUAACAAUAAAUUAUUUAUUUUUGAAAUACUUGAACUAGGCACGAAAAUAAAGUAAAAUUAUGUUGUUAGUCAUAUCCCAGAAUAGGUUUAGCCAAAUUAGUCUAAGGAUGUAAUAUUUUUUAUCAAAACUAUACAAUGUAUCUCUUCAUUAUGCAAUUCAUAGGUUUUAGACAAUGUAUAAGAGUAUUCAAUCGUUUUUGUUUUUAUUACUUGAUACUAAAUUUAUUGUUAUUUGUACAUUUUAUAGAUCUGUAAAUAAAGUGGACUAGUUAGUGUUAGUGUAAACAAAACAUUUUUAUAGAAAUAUAUAUUUUUAAAUUAAAGUGUUAAUUCUUGAACUA